AUGCAUUUUCAGGUGUAUAUAGAGAGCUCUGGGGGAGCAGCGGCUGCUGCUGAAGGAAGCAGCAGCAGCAGCAGCAGCCAGCAGCAGCAGCAGCAGCAGCAGCAGCAGCAGCAGCAACUUGAAGCUGCUGCUGCUGCAGCACGACUUGCUGCUGAUAUAGAUAGAGCUCUGGGGGAGCAGCGGCUGCUGCUGAAGGAAGCAGCAGCAGCAGCAGCAGCAGCAGCAGCAGCAGCAGCAGAUGGAUUAGUUAUUAUAAACGCUUUCUAUGGUUCUUUAUCAUCCAUAGAAAACUCAAAAGCAGCAGCAGCAGCAUCAGCAACAGCAGCAGCAACAGCAGCAGCAGCAGCAGCAGCAGCAAUAGCAGCAUCACCAGCAGCAACCCCUUCUAACACAACCCAAAACGCAGCAACAGCAGCAGCAACAGCAGCAGCAGCAGCAGCAGCAAUAGCAGCAUCACCAGCAGCAACCCCUUCUAACACAACCCAAAACACCAGCAGCAGCAGCAGCAGCAGCAGCAGCAGCAGCAGCAGCAGCAGCAGCAGCAGCAGCAGCCAGCAGCAGCAGCAGCAGCAGCAGCAGCAGCAGCAGCGGCAGCAGCAGCAGCAGCAGCAGCAGCAGCAGUGUAGAAUAUCCAUAUAA